AUGAUCACUCCCUCGUGGGAACUAGGGCAGAAGGAGAAACCAGUGGCGGUGUUAACCAGCUUUACUUUGCAGGGCUGCACAACAAAGAUCGAUCACCAUCCUCUGCUUUUGAGCCCCUGUGUAUUGCGCAGCCGAAUUUCAGGGGUCCACCUGUGCUUCUUGGGCACUCGUGGUGGAUUUGCACAUCCGGAUGUGAACAACGACUGUAGCACUACCAACAGUCGAAUGUGUUUGAUCUUGUGGGGCCGAACAGAAAAGUGCCUCAAAGAAGCAGCAGAAGAGAUCUCUCUGUCAGGAACAGAGUGCCAUUACUUUCUGUGUGAUGUGGCCAAUCGGGAAGAAGUUUACAAGCAAGCCAAGGUGGUUAGAGAAAAGGUGGGGGAUGUUACGAUAUUAGUGAACAAUGCAGCUGUGGUGCACGGCAAAAGUCUGAUAGACAGCGAUGACGACGCCCUUCUGAAAUCCCAACACAUCAACACCCUGGGACAGUUCUGGACUACAAAAGCCUUCCUGCCUCGGAUGCUGGAGCUGCAGCACGGUCACGUAGUGUGCAUAAACUCCAUCCUGUCCCAGUCUCCCAUCCCUGGGGCCAUAGACUACAACACCUCCAAGGCCUCGUCGCUGGCCUUCAUGGAGAGUCUGACGCUGGGCAUGCUGGACUGCGCCGGCGUCGGCUGCACCACCGUGCUUCCCUUCCACUGCAACACUGAGAUGUUCCAGGGCAUGAGAGUCAGGUAUUGAAAGAGGCUAUGCCAUUUU